AUGGAUGAGAAGCGAGAUAACUUCAUCGACUGGGAUGAAUUCCUGACGCACCUGAUGCUGGAGUACCACGAGAAGGAAAUGCUGAUCAAGGAGCAUCGUUUAAAGGAGCCUAUACUGGGGUUGCCCAGAAUCUUACGCAGCGGCCACAGACUACAUGUCACUCGUGCCACUUUCAAUCCUGUUGUUACACCGGAUCGCAAGUUUAGUUACCUGCAAGGAAAAUAUAUAACUGUAAGUCAUGAUGGAACAGUUAAUUAUUGGUCACUGGAAUUUGAUUUAGAGAAGACAGUCCGCUCUGAGACACCUGAACUGAAGACUACUCAGACAUUUGUGACAGAUCUUGUGUGCUUACCUGAUUGUGAGAUUGUUUGUACAAGUGCAACUGAGGAUUUACGAUUUUAUGACACAUCGGCCAAUAAAUUUGAACUUCGUGUUAUGGUAACUCGUUGGCCAUCAGUUAUUAUGAAAAUGUGUUAUCAUUUCUAUGAAGAUGUCAAUCAAGAAUCUAUUCUCAUAUUAGGAGAUGCUGAUGGCAACAUAAGAAUACUAUUAAUUAAAGUUAAGAACAAAGGUCCAUUUUAUCAUACACCUGGCACUGAUGUGAUUCACAUACAUUAUGAAGGUCUUCUUUCUAGUGAACUUGAAGGAAUGAGAGUUAUUGAGCACUACUCCAUUCAUACCAACAGUGUGAUGCAACUGGGAUUCUAUGCCAGUCUAAAACAUUUUGUUUCCUGUUCUGCCUGUCCUAAAAAUUCCCUGUACCUCUGUGAUAUUUUGGGAACAAAGACACAUUAUAGUUUUGAUUUGGAUGCAGGUGUUUCAUGCUUUAAUUUUUCAGAAGAAACUCAUUUGAUUGUUACUGGUGGGCGAGAUUGUAUCAUUCGUGUGUGGAAUGUAUUUGUGCAGGCCAAACCAAAGUACUCUUUUUUUGGCCACAAAACAGCAAUUGUCAGUAUUGAACUCCAAGAUUCUGGUCAAAAAAUAUUUUCUCUUUCUAAAGAUAAAACUAUAAAAGUGUGGGAUUUAACUUUACAGUCAUGCAUUCAGACAUAUGUCGGUAUUACUCCAGAACUUGGAGAGCUCACUCCAGCAGUGUCUUUCUACAACCCCAUUAAUCGCAACUUGUUGGUUGCCAGCAUGAAACUAGCUAUUGUUGUAUGUCGUGAAGAAAUUGAUUUGACACAGACUGAUGGGUUCACACACACAAAACCUGUGACAAAUGCAUUAUACAAUGAACUUUUUAAGAUUCUGAUUACAGUUGGUCAAGAUUCAAGUAUUAUGGUUUGGGACCCGUGGAUUGGAAAGAGACUCCUGUUAAUACAAAAUGCCCACCAUUAUCUAAAAUUUGGAGAGAUUCAUACUGUACAAAUAACUGCAGCUACAUACAGUCCUGAUUGGCAACUUUUGCUAACAGGAGCUCGUGAUGGAUCCAUAAAAAUGUGGAAUUUCACCACUGGAAUGUGCCUGCUUACCUUAAAUAUUGAAAAAGACUGUGAGGUAACCAGCCUUGUAUGGCUUAAAAAUCGAAUAUUGGCUACAGGAUGGAAUUUGCACAUUGUAGAAUUUGAUGACAAGGGGAAAGCUAUGAAAGGAAAGGACUGGGAAAGUUUACACACUGAUGAUGUAGUAUGCAUGGUGUGUCGUGAACCAGAAUCUUUGGCAACGCUCUCUUACUGUGGUGAGCUUGUUCUUUGGAGGCUUGAAACAGGACAGCCAUACAGCUGCUAUAGUGUUGCAGAUCCCACAAACAGAAUUGUGUUGCAGCAGGAGGCAAUGGGUGCCGUUCAACCUGCAGCAUCGACUACUAGUUCAUUUCCAUCAACAAUAAGUGCCUUUUCCAAAAUCAUGGAUGCACCAUCACAACAACUAUCACAACACUCAAAAGAUUUUAGUUACAAGAGGAGGAAGACAUACCUUGAGUUGCCAGAGGGCCCCAAACUUACACGCCAGUUGUCUAGAAUAACAUUGCCUCUGUUGGGAAGUGGAUCUCGUGUAUUGGAGAAAAAUCUUAAUGCUCACACAAUGAUGUUUCUCAGUGCUCGGCCUAUGCAGAGCAAUAUUGGAACAUUGCUUAUAGCUUUGGAUAAUGGCUAUGUGCAACUGUGGGCCCAUCAUCAAGCUGGAGGUUUUAUUAGUUCAUUUCUUUGCAUACAUGUGUCUGGAGACUACAUUCUUUCCAUGGCAACUGAUCCGGAAAACUCAUAUCUUUUCACAGGAUCAUCACUGGGCUACAUAAAAGUUUGGUUGAUGGAGAAUUAUGGCUUUCCACAUGAUGUGGAUAUAUGCCUACCCAAACUCAGACUACAGUUUCCAUUUCUCCUGAAGGAUCGUAUUGAGGGGCGUGCAAAACGCAUACUGUAUAAUCAGCCAAUGCCUCUCCUCCUGUCAUCAUACCGAGGACACCUGCGGGGCAUCAACCAUCUGGAAUACCUUUCUGGAUGUGAGCUUUUAAUUAGCUCGAGUGCUGAUAAUACUGUUCGCAUUUGGACCUUAGCUGGACGCUAUGUGGCUGUAUUGGGUACACCAAGACCAUGGGAUCAGUUAUUACCCCACAUACCCCUACCAGCUAAACAUGCUUUCAUAUUGCCUCCUGAUGUUCGAAAGUAUGCUUCAUCAACAACACUUAAGGUACUCCGAGGUGGAUGGGUUGACUAUGCAUCACAUAAGAAAAGAGAUGAGAAUGAAGCACUAAGAGAAAUGCCAAAGGACCUCAUAGAAAAAGGAACAUAUGGUAAAAGGGUAAAAUCACCAAUUCUUGGAGAUCAUUUUAGAAUGCCCAGCAGAGUGAUGAGUCCAAGCCACCACCCAGUUCUUGAUGUUUCCUUGCCUGUGACUCCUGUGUACCGUUUCCUAGAAUAUGAUGAAAUUAAAGAGCCCCGAACUAUUCCUACAAACCAAAAAGCAUUUCUUUCUUUUGCAAAAUGA